ACGAAGCGAGUACUCCAUGUUUGAUUGGAGGGCCAAAAGGCCCCCUCCGAGCCGGACGAAGGAGGCUCAUAUAUGGAGGCGUGAAACGUUGAAUUGCUUCGCUUUGCUCGCAAUAAUAAUAGGUGCUGGGUUAUUCUGUUCAGAAAUCACUGUCUCCGUAACUGCUUCGUUCCCUGCAUUUGAAGGAUCAAAUAUUCAAGCAUAGUGAGGUUCUCUGGCGGAAUUCGCCACUUGGCACGCAUAUAGUGCAGGGCGCAAAGUGGACAAGCUGGCAGCAUCCUCGACCAUGUCUUCAUCUACAAAGUCCUUGAAAUCAUCAUCGUCGUCUCCCUCCUCCAAGUCAUCUCCGAUGUCUUGGGCUUCUUUCAGAAACUCCAUGGCGCUAUGUGUUGCUCUUCGCGUCUUGCUAGCGUUUGGAUUGGAGUUCUAUUUAUCUGCUUCGGCAACGUCGUUUCAACAGCCUGCUCACUUCAGUAACUUAACAAGCGACAACGUAUACUAUUCUUCCCCUUCACCUAGUGGUGGAACGAACUCAGUGGUUGAGCUCAUAACCACUGGACCAGGACUGCUCAGUGCCUCAUCGCCUUUGACAUCGUAUGCGAAUCUGAAGGAAGGAAUGUGGUUGUAUAGACGUGGUGUGGAUGUAUAUGCAGACGGAGGGCGAAGGGUUGGUGUGUCACCGCUGUAUCUCUCCUUUUCAUUCCUCCAUUCUUCUCUCCCAGUCCUUUCAACCACGGAAUCAUCCCCCCUACCCAAUCUACACAGAUUCCUCUCAACGCUCCUCGAAAUCAUCCUUUGGAUAACUCCCGACGCGCUGUCAGCGUGGUUUUUGGUGAGAAUAUGGAGGGCCAGGACGAGGACGGGUAUGUUGUCAGUGUCAUCCUCGUCGUCUACAUCUACGGCUUCGGCAUCCUCGUCACGAGACAUCCUCCUUCCCUCUCUUCUCCCAGCACUCUACCUCCUCUCCCCAUUCCAUAUCCUCCCCUCUCUUGCGCGUUCUACGAGCGCUUGGGAAAACGCGGUGCUGUUAGGUGCCGUGGCGUGGGGAUGUGAAUGUGCCAGUUCAGCAGACGUAGCACCAAAGCUGGACGGAGGGCAAGACAGUGACUCCUCUUCAUCGAAAGCUUCCUCACCCACUCGCUCCUCCACCUCAGAUCACCCCUCUACCUCUUCCGCACAAUCAAAAUCCCUCCUCCUUCUUGCGCUUCGUAUUCAUCUCUCUCUUGAUGCUAUUAUCCUCCUACCCCCGCUGGUUAUGCUGAUUCUUGCUGGCCCGGGGAGUAGGUUAAUGGAGCCAGGAGCGUUUGUUCUGGCGACGCCAUCCUCGGGGAAGCAACAGGACGUCCAGGUAGAGGGAGAAUCCAAGGCAGAAAUAAACUCGAAUGCAGAGACGGUGUCCGGGUCAGAAUCCAAGUCGAAAUCCAAUGACGAGACACAGGCAGAGUCCAAGUCGUCUCUACGUCCCCAGUCUCAUCCAAUCCUUCGCGCAGUCUUCCCGGUUAUACUAGAGUUCUUCGUAUACUUUGCCGCACUUAGCCUCGUAUCAACGUUGAUUGUAGGUCAUUGGGGAUGGAUGGGUAGUACUUGGGGUGCGAGCCUUUCUCUCCCAUCUCUCACACCAAAUCCAGGUCUCUGGUGGUAUUUCUUCACAGAAAUGUUCGAUCAUUUUAGAGCGUUUUUCUUGGUCGUGUUCGAGGUCCACUUAUUGAUGUACGUCGCACCGAUAUGCAUUAAAUUUCAACACGAUCCUCUCUAUGCUCUCUUCCUUCUUACUGGAAUCCUCGCAACCUUCAAGCCCUACCCGACCCUCUCAGAUCAGGGUCUGUUCCUCGUGAUGUGGGGUAUUUUUGGGGAGGUGUAUCCAUUCCUCCGCACUCCCCUCCCAGCCCUUCUCACCCUCCUCCAUUCCACUCUUCUCCAACCACUUUUUGCGCAUUUGUGGCUCACCCAUGGACGCGGGAAUGCAAAUUUCUAUUACGCAACGACAUUGGUGGGUGCAUGUGCUGGGGGGAUGGGUGUUGUAGAUGCGGUUUGGGGAGGGUUGAGGUGUGCUCUGGAAAAGGGGGAAAAUGGAAAAUAUAGUGACACAGGAAGUGUUGAUGAGGAAUGGGAAGAGAGUGAGGUGGUUACACAACAAUAAAGAUGUAAGAGGAUCUUGUUAUUGGUUUCUAUUUCCAGUGUAUGUAGGUUUGCUGGUUUGUCCAGGGACAGAGACAAUGGAUAUAUAACAUGCUUAGAUUACAGACUUUGGAU